GAGCACUUCCUGUCACUGGCGGGGAUGUGGCUCUCCAGCGACACUGCUGCGUGAAAAAAUUAGCUGUCUGCAGCCUGUCAGGGACGUUUCUCACGGACUCUCGGAGCCCACAGUGCUAUAAAUAUGGCAGCAGAGUUAUCAACCUCCAUAAACAUCAAGGAGCCCCGGUGGGACCAGAGCACAUUCACCGGGCGAGCGAAGCAUUUCUUCACCGUCACAGAUCCCAGGAACAUCCUUCUGACCAACGAACAACUAGAACACGCGCACAAAGUCAUCACUGACUACAGGAAAGGGAUCGUCUCACCAGGCCUGACAGAGGAUGAACUGUGGAGAGCCAAAUAUGUUUUCGACUCAGCCUUCCAUCCCGACACCGGAGAGAAGAUGAUCCUGAUCGGCCGCAUGUCGGCACAGGUUCCGAUGAACAUGACGAUCACUGGGUGCAUGAUGACGUUUUACAAGACGACCCCAGCUGUUGUGUUCUGGCAGUGGAUCAAUCAGUCUUUCAACGCGAUAGUCAACUACACCAACAGGAGCGGCGAUGCGCCGAUCACAGUCAGUCAGCUUGGCACAGCUUAUGUGUCUGCCACCACAGGGGCAGUUGCCACCGCUCUAGGACUAAAUGCACUAACAAAGCAUGUUUCGCCUCUAAUUGGACGCUUUGUCCCAUUUGCUGCUGUAGCUGCGGCUAACUGUAUCAACAUCCCGCUGAUGAGACAAAGAGAACUUAAACACGGUAUUCCAAUAACGGAUGAAAAUGACAACAGGUUAGGGGAGUCGACAAAAGCGGCACAACAAGCAAUCUCUCAGGUUGUGGUCUCCAGGAUCCUCAUGGCUUCUCCUGGAAUGGCUAUCCCUCCAUUUUUAAUGAAUCAUCUGGAAAAGAAGGCUUUUAUGAAGAGGUUUCCAUGGAUGAGUGCACCUAUUCAAGUCACCCUGGUGGGAUUCUGCCUGGUGUUUGCCACUCCUCUGUGCUGUGCGCUGUUCCCUCAAAAGAGCUCCAUGUCAGUCAGCCGCUUGGAGCCAGAGCUGCAGGAGAAGCUCCGGGCCAGCCACCCAGGGGUGGAGAGAGUGUACUUCAACAAGGGGCUAUGAGCGUGCAGCCUCCUCAUCCAAACACUGCCAUAACGCAGCUGCAGCCCGGGUCCUCGCCUCUCUGCCAGCUCUCCUCAUUCAGUGUGCCAAAGUUAAGUUUUUGUCUCAUUCUCCAUUCAGAUCGAUAUCUGA